UGAAAAUUUUAGUACCUACUCUUGCUUAACAAGGCAAAACAACAACAUCCACAACAAAUGAAAUUAUCUUGUCCCUUUUAGCCACACUCUUUAGUCUUACAUAGUAGGGAUCUCGUCCACCAUAAUUUACACCAUACCGCACCUUCGGUAGAGAUUGAUCCUCAUGCUACUACUACGUCACCGUCUCCUAGGUGUCUCACGAUAUUAGUACUUCACUGUCUGUCUUUGUAGUUCCCUUUUCACAAAGCCAGUUGAAGCUUGUCUUCUUCCGACCUUUUUCUUCCCAACUUUUUUCAUAUAAUACUUCACCAAACCUCUUCAAAUCCUUAGAGGUGAAGCAACCGGAAAGAUCCAACCUUUUUCAAAGAUUAUUUAUGGGUCUUUGAUUCAUUGUAUCCACUGUUAUCCACACAUUAUCAUGGAUAAUUUCACUCACAGCAAAAAGGAAGAACCAUUCAACGAUUCAUCCAUGUGCAACCCCAUGAGUAGAACCUUAUCUGACUACGAUAUCGGGGAGUUAUUAAAACAAUCCAUGGCUGCUGACGCUGAUCACCGGGGCGAUCCUUUCUCCGCCGUUGACGACGUCGUAUUCGGUAAUGACUACGAUUGUAAGAGUUAUGCCGCCGAUGGUUGCUCCCCCGAUCUCGCUGUUCACUACAGAAAUCUGGAUAUUGUAAAUAGAUUUUCAAGUCAUGGUGGAAUAACAGGGAAUCCUCUUUGGUCAAGAAAUCUCACUUCAAAGAAUUCCAGUAUCACAAUGACUAUGGAUUCUCAAUCAUCAAUCUGUGUUGAGAGUCCAACUUCAGCUACAAAACCAAAAAAUGUGAUUGGGGCAACAAGUGAUGAUGAACAAUCAGAUGAUGAUGAUACAGAGAUUGAAGCAGGUCAAUGUGAACAGAGUAAUGAUCAAAUGGAUGUUAAACGGUUUAAAAGAAUGGUUUCAAACAGAGAAUCUGCAAGGCGUUCAAGAAAAAGAAAGCAAGAUCAUUUAACAGAACUUGAGCAACAAGUGGAACAACUGCAUGGAGAAUACACAACUUUGUUCAAGCAACUCACAAGUGCAAGUCAACAAUACAAAGAUGCUUCAACCAACAAUCGAGUGCUCAAGGCAGAUGUGGAAGCAUUGAGAGCUAAGGUGAAGCUAGCUGAAGAUAUGGUAGCUAGGGGUUCACUAACAUCAAGUCUUAGUCACCUCAUUCAGAAUCAUCUAACAACUCCUCAACUCUUCAACAAUCAAAACAUGUCAAGAAUGGGAAAUGUGUCACCAACCAUAACAGUUCGUGGGGAUGACCACCCUGGACUACCGCUGCCAGGUCAGCAUGUGAUGGUGGGCCAUGCGGACAUUUUCAAGAAUGGUAUAAGCAGUGAUGCUGGAAGCUGUGUGUCUGAUAUAUGGCCUUAGGAAAUUGUCUCAUUUUAUCACUUGAACAUAAAAUAAAAAAGGGUUUGUGGCUUUUGUAACCCUCUUCGAGUUCGAGUUCUUUGUAGUUUUGGUUUAUGUAAGACUUAUAUGAUUUGAAUAUGUGACAGAUGUUGAAGUAGUAUAGUUUGGUAGUAAUUUUGUAUUAUGAUGUGAUUGUGGAUGGAUAAUGUUCUUACAUAGUUUGGACUAAUUUUCUUAAUAUGCUGAUAAUAAAGAAAUCGUACUUGCUCUAACAUGUGAAGACUUCCGAUUCAUGCCCUGAUCUAGAAGUCGUGAUCUAGAAGUCGCCGGGGGCGUGACAUAAUAAUCAAAGUCCAAUUGAAGCAGAUCUAAGAGACAAAAGCGUAAAACGGCAUCAGAAAAAUCGAUUGAUUAGAAGCAAUAACUUGUCGUCUAAAAAUAUACAAGUCAACACACUUCUCUUCCUGUUAGAGUAUACUUUGAGAAAAUUUUUAGUUGCUCAAGGCUGCAACACGAAGAAUUUUAGUUUAUCAUCUUCAAUCAACAUGGG